AUGCCUCGAAUUAUCUCAGCCCAACCAACACAGUGUCUGGACACUUCUGGUUGGUCAAUUCCUCAAAAUAUAAAAUUGGCUGAUCCAGACUUCGCGAAUCCAAAUCAAAUUGACUUAUUAAUUGGAGCAGAAUUCUAUCACAGCUUUUUAUCGAUUGGUCAAAUCAAAAUAGGUGAGGGUCUACCUGCACUUCAGAACACGGUUUUCGGAUGGAUAUGCAGUGGCAAAGUUAGCAACGGUAAUCAAAAAUUACUUACCUGUGGCAUGUGCAGCGAAGCUGACGACGAAGCAUUGGAUAAUAUACUUACUAAAUUCUGGCAAUUGGAGGAAAUCAAUCAAACGGAUGACAAAUUCACUGAUGCAGAAAAGAAAUGUGAAGAAUCUUUUGCUCAAAAUACUCACCACAAUCAUGAAGGGCGAUUUGUCGUGAAACUACCAUUUAAGGAGGAUACAACUGUUCUUGGUGAAUCCAUGCAGAUGUCGAUGAAUCGAUUUUUUAGUCUUGAACGUCGGCUGUUGAAGAAUUCUGAACUAAAGAAGAUGUACGUUGACUUCAUGCGAGAGUAUGAACAUCUCGGCCACAUGGAAAAAAUCAAUCAGGAUGAUAUAAUGCAUCCACAUUACAUUUUGCCACAUCAUUGUGUAAUCAAGGCAGAUAGUACUACAACAAAGCUUCGAGUGGUGUUUGAUGCAUCUGCAAGAACAUCAACCGGAGUCUCACUCAAUGAUAUCAUGCAUAAUGGUCCAGUCGUGCAAACCGAACUCUCAUCCAUUUUACUGCGUUUCAGGAAACCACGCUUCGUUUUUACAACAGAAAAGAUGUAUCGGCAGAUACUAAUUGAUCCAAGAAAUGAAUAUCUUCAAAUCAUUAUCUGGCGAGAGUCACCAGAGGAAAACUUGUGCUAUUACAAAUUAAAAACGGUAACGUAUGGCACAAGAGCAGCGCCGUAUCUGGCAACUAAGUGUCUACAAACCCUGGCCAGAGAGCAUGCCGUUAAAUUUCCGCUUGGUUCCGCUACACUCAGCAAGGAUUUUUAUGUCGAUGACGGUUUAAGUGGCUCAGACAGUCUCACGGAGGCAAUUGCAACAAAGGAUCAACUUAUUAAAAUAUUGGCGACAGCUGGUUUCAAACCUCGCAAGUGGUGCGCAAAUAAUGCCCAAUUACUUCAAGGACUCGCUCCAGAAGAUCAAGAAGUUGAUCUCGAUGUCAGCAGUGAGUCACAUAAGACAGUAAAAACUCUAGGCCUUAUCUGGCUACCAAAAUCUGAUCAGUUUUCAAUAAAAACUAACGGACCUAUACACAGCAAAAUAACAAAGAGGACCGUAAGUUCCGAGUUGGCGCACAUUUUUGAUCCACUUGGAUUAAUGGCUCCCGUAGUAGUGAAGGCGAAAAUAUUUGUUCAAAGAUUGUGGCAGUUAAAACUUUCGUGGGAUGAAGCUCUGCCUGCUGAAAUGCAUACUCAAUGGACCCAUUUUCGUCAGAGCUUAUGUGAAAUAAACAAUGUGAAGAUUCCACGACAUAUAUUUCAUCAUAAACAACCGAGGAAUACUCAGAUUCAUGUAUUUACUGAUGCCUCCGAAAGGGCCUAUGGAGCUGCCAUUUACAUCAGAGCCGAAAUGACUGAUCGAACUAUCUCAGUUCAGUUACUUUGUUCAAAAUCACGCGUCGCUCCACUAAAAACGCAGACAAUACCAAGACUUGAGUUAUGUGCGGCUUUACUAGGAGCACAAUUGGUAGUAAAGGUAAAAAAGGAUUUGGAAUAUGAACAUCAUCCGAUAUAUAUGUGGACUGAUUCUGAGAUAACAUUGCAUUGGAUCAAUUCAGAACCAUCAACAUUCCAAACUUUCGUUGCUCAUCGUAUCAGUAAGAUUCAGCAAUUAACACUAAAGGAACAGUGGAGGCAUGUCAAUACUAAACAAAAUCCAGCUGAUCUAUUAUCCAGAGGUGUAGAUCCAAUUUACAUUCAGAAGAAUGCAAUGUGGUUUUAUGGGCCACUUUUCCUUCAUGGAAAUCAAGAAUGCUGGCCCCAACCAUUCCGUCAGGAAUUGAUAACAUCCGACCAUAUACAAGCGGAAGUCAAAAGCAAGGUGCAUGUGCUUACAAUUUCACAUGAUGAUGAACUAAUCAAAAUGAUUUAUACGAUAAGGCAUGGAAACUCAUUCAUAAGGUUGCAACGAAUUCUUGGCUAUGUGUUGAGAUUCAUCAAAGGGUUACGUAAUAAGAGCAAGCACAACGACAUCAAUUUGACACCAUUAGAACUGGAUGAGUCAUUACUCAUAAUUAUAAAAGCCAUACAGCUAAGUGAUUUCAAUGAAGAACGACAUCAACUCUUAAAGAAAAGGGAUCUGAAGGGAAGCAGUAGUCUCCACGGACUUUCUCCAUUUAUCGAUGAUAGUGGCGUCAUCAGGGUUGGAGGUCGAUUGACGUCAUCACAUCUUACCUACGAUGCCAAACACCCCAUGCUGCUGCCAUAUAACGAUCCAAUAGCUAAGCUCAUAAUGAAACAUUUACAUGAGAAGGGACUUCACUGGGGACCGCAAACAAAUUUAGCCCAGGGCAGGCAGCGAUUUUGGCCAAUAAAAGGCAAGAUUAUGGCUCGAUCCAUUGUGCAACAUUGUGUACAAUGCACUCGUGUACGCCCACACAUGUUCAAACAAAUCAUGGGCAAUCUACCAGCUGACAGAGUCCAAGCUCAAAGACCUUUUUUCAACGCAGGUGUGGACUUCUGUGGUCCCAUAUGGAUACACCACAAAAUUAGAGGCAAAAGACCAUGCAAAGCGUACAUCGCAGUGUUUUGCUGCUUCUCCACGAAGGCAGUACAUUUGGAAGUUGUUAGUGAUCUCACUACAGAUGCAUUCUUAGGCGCUUUGAACCGGUUUACGUCAAGAAGAGGUCGAUGUCAGAACUUAUAUUGUGACAACGCUACUAAUUUUGUGGGCGCUAAAAAUCAAAUGAACGAGUUAGCUGAAAGCAUUCACAGCACAAAUGCUCAAAACAACAUAAUAAGAUCCUGUUCAGCUCAAGGAAUUGUUUUUCAUUUUAUACCUCCGAGAGCACCACAUUUCGGAGGAUUAUGGGAAGCUGCUGUCAAAUCAGCUAAAUAUCUAUUGGUGCGAACUAUUGGCAACGUGUCACUCACUUACGAGGAAUUGGAAACAGUGGUAACCCAAAUUGAAAGUAUGCUAAACUCCAGACCAAUAACACCGUUGUCAUCAGAUCCAAAUGACCCGGCUGCCCUCACCCCAGGACACUUCUUAAUAGGAGAACCGCUAACAGCCCUUCCAAGUAGGUCAGAAACUACAACCAAACAAUCGCUUUUAACCAGGUGGAAGCUGGUGAAUCAUCUAAAAAACGAGUUCUGGUCAAGAUGGUCAAAGGAGUAUCUUAAUGAGCUACAGUGUCGCACUAAAUGGAAGGACCAAUCACCUGACGUCAAAGAAGGAAUGCUGGUAAUCAUUCAAGAAGACAACGCUUCUCCGCUUCAAUGGCCUCUGGGCAGAAUCAUCAAAUGCUAUUCCGGUAAUGAUGGAAGAAUCAGAGUUGUAGAUGUCAAAACGAAAAACGGGAUUUGGAAGCGUCCAAUACAUCGGCUAGCACCAUUAUUGUCGGAAGAUUGUUCAACCCCCAUGAUGCAACUUGAUAGAUGUGAUGAAGAACAGCCUAGAAAACGAGCAAAACUCAACAGCAACAUGCAAUGUCCAAGGUCGAAGUAG